AUGCCGUCACAAGGGCUGGCCCGUCCCCGGGUCUGCACGGGCAGCCUGGACCUGGGAGAGCCAGUGCUCUGGUUCGGCCUGCUCCGCGCUGACUUGGAGCACCCGCCUCUCACGCUCAAGGCUGCUCUGCAGCGGGAAGAGGCGGCCAGAGAGGGGGAGGCCCGGGGAGCCGACCCGCCCCGACCCGGCCCGACCCGGCCCGACCCUGGCCAGCGGAGCGUCACCCUCUGCCGGAGCUCCUGUCUGCUGACCGCUGACCACAGGAAUCUGAGUGGUGGCAUCCGGGAACCUCGGGGCCACUGGGAUGAGCUGCGCUGGUUUCUGAGGGUUCGCCUGCACAUGAGCCCCCAGGAUCAUGUUCCCGAAAAGGGUCACGGGGGUAUUGAUGCUGCCUCUGGUGCAGGGCCCCACAUGGGGUCCCUGGAUGGACCAGCUCGUGUCGGCCCAGGCGAAGGAGCCAUCAAGAGGGGCCGCUCCCACUCAGGAGGCCUCCGCGGAGAUGCUGGGAGCCAGGCACUCCGGGCCUGCUGCCUCCCAGCUCCGCCGGACAAGCCUCGGGGCAUGGCCCCGGCCGCCUUCCACACGGAGGGUGAGCGUGCAGGGACGCUGUUCAGUCCUCACGUCCCGGUGGAGGCUGCAGGAGAAAGGGGCCAGGAAGGAGAGGAGUGUUUAAAACAUAACCAGAACCCCAAACCCACGUUCACAGGCCCCACCGUCCGGCCGCCCCCCGGCCCCUCCGGGCCCUGUCCCUGCCGACACCGCUCAGCCAAGCCAGGAUGCAGGCUGGCGCGGGCUCCCAACACCAUGCUCCUGAGACCCGUCCCGUGUCAAGCACGUCUGCAGGUCCUUUAUGCAUCUUGCUGUGCUCACCCACCACCGUUCUCCAUCCACUGUGCUGUUAACGGGCACUGGCGCUGUGUCCAGUCUGGGGCCUCGGACACUGAUGCUGCUGUGGUCUGUCGGGCGCCGCUGUUUUUAAUGCGCCUUCUACGCAGCGACGGCCCCGGUCCCGGCCUCACACCACACGGCCGGAGCGCCAGCCUGGGCCUGAGCUUUCGAAACCCAGCCGGACCCCUCGGCCCCGGCCACGCCCGGCUCUUCGGGCCCCCGGUCGCGGCGCUGCGUAUCCAGGCCCCCAAGGGUCCUCACAGGCCCGAACACAAGCAGGCCUCCCGUCUCACCUCGAGCCUCGGCGGGACGGCCGGUGGCGCCCGCGCCUGCUCCCACCUGCAGAACCGGCCCCGCGCCGCAGACAACACGGCGGCUGAGGCAGCACAGCAGCUGAAGCCCAGAUUUCCUUUUAAAAAGGAAAAAGACAGAGGACCUUACUGCCCACCUCGUUGGCUUCAGGGUCACGUGAUUUUGGACGUGGCGGUGGCUCUGGACACCCCGCGCCCGCCCCCGCCCCCGGGGUCACUUCCUCAGGGCAGGACCAUUCACUUAGCGAUUUCCUCCUCUGUGAGCCUCCCUGCAGUCAUCACCGAGCAGGACAAACCUGCUGAGAAUGCAGGGACUGUUCCUGCCCACCCGAGCGCCCGCUGCUACGUGACAGGCGCGCUGGGGCUGGCAGACCAGCCUGACGGGACCUCGGGGGCUUCAGAAGCUCUGCUGCGCCAGGCGCCCUUCCAGACCCUUCCAGCUGCCCUCACUCGGGACUCACAGAACCCCGCAGAAGGGUUCAAACUCAUCCCUACUUCACAGACGAGGAAGGACAGGGAGGCGGUGGGGGGGUCCUCCCCAGGUCAGGGCAGACCCCACACUGCUGUCUCUUCACGGCAGAGAAUGUAA